UUUUAUUAUCUGUGCCAUCGCUGUAGAAUUCUCAUGCCAGUGAGGUUGUAAAGUUAUUAUUUAUUGGUACAAUGAAGCGUCUUAGAAUCGACAUAAAAGAAAGGGAAAUCUGUUUUAAACUGUAAUAGAACGAUUAGAAUUGAAUGAAAACUGUUUGGAAGAAAAUGCAUUCGAACGCAUGACGUGACACGAAUUCUUUCAUCUGUAAUUCGCGGGAGCCUUCGCAUUAGCUUCCCUUGUAUAUUUGUCUCAUGUAUAUAAUGUACGUUUGCUAGAAUUUACCAAUAAAUAAUAUUUAGUUUAUGCAUCGUUGAUCGUACCAGGCGUUAUUGUAAACGGGCAUCCAGUGAAUAUAAAAUAUGAAUGCGUUGCAGGUCUGCUCUGAACUGUUGGUAACCUAUAGUUUUUAUAAUUUAAUGGGAUUUAACACAACAUUUUUCUAUUAAAACAUUAUUGUUGUUUGUAUGAACAGCAUGCAUCAGCAUUUUAAAUGACAUGUCAGUUCACCUACUGGAUCUGUGACUUAUAGAAACAGAAGACUCUUCUCCUCCCACAUGACACUGUAGAUUAACAGCUGUUGGAGAUUUGUGUAUGUAAUCUUAUAAACAAAGCUAGUAUCCAAAAAGUAAAGUAACUCUAUAGAAAUGCUAAAUUGCUGUUUAUUGCAUGGCAUUUAUGCAACUUUAAUGUGAUGAUGUGAUAGGCCAUGACUGCUUUGUUAUUAGCAUAUUGUGCAGUGCAAAUACACAUGGCUUAAUUAUUACUAGAACGCCAUUAAAAGCACUGUGUGGAUGAAAAGCAUAGAUUCAUUUUGAAUAAUGUAAAAAGGACAUUAAAGCCCAUUUCCUCCUCAAUGCUUUGCUUGGGACAUCUUUAAAUACAAGCUAUUCUCAAUAAGUCAUCAUUGGAUGGCUGAUGAAUUGCACAGGACCUUUUGAUGUAUAGUAUUUCUUAAACACAAGAUGUUAUGUCUUAUAAUAUUUCCCUUACAGCAGGUUAUUGUUCUACCCUGUUUCCCCCUCAUCCUCUGAAUAUGUUCAAGGCCCUGGCAGGAAUCUGUUUGCUUCAUCUGACUACAAUUUUCUUUCUUUUUUGGGCAACUAUAGAUGAUGCAUGGUGGUUCACAGAGAACCUUUAUACAGACUUGUGGGGCAGAUGGGUGAUGGAGAACAAUGAUAAUGUCUGGGUGUACAUGGAUAUACCGACCUCAUACCGGAAGGACUAUCUGCAAGCGGUCCAGGCGUUCGCAGUGCUGUCCUGCCUGUUUGCUGUGUUCUCUCUGUGCGUGUUCAUAUUCCAAAUCUUUACUCUGGGUAAAGGAAAGCGGUUCACCAUCUCUGGAGUUGUGCAGCUCAUCUCCUGUUUCUGCAUCAUGGUGGCUCUGUCAGUCUAUACCGAUCACUUUCACAGAGAAGAGAAGAAUGGCUGGUAUGGCUGGUCCUACAUCAUGGCCUGGUUUGGGUGGCUGCUGACCCUCUUCACUGGAGUUAUGUACAUCAUCCUGCGCAAACGAGUGGAUUAAACUUUAGCCCUCGCUCUCAGUGCUAAUGUACAGCCUUAAUUAUUUUUCUUCAAAGUCUAAGUACAGAACUUGAAAAAUAAUGAGUUGUUUCAAAUGUUACAGGUGUUGGUUGGAAUUGUAAAAACUUGCGCAACAAAUCACAGCAUCAGCAGUUCAUUGAAACAGUUUCAAAUCUGUCAGUGAGAAAGUGUUGAAUCAGCAUUUGAGGAAAAUUGGCCAGAGAAGUUUCUUAAACAAGAAGAGAAAUGUUUUUUUUUUUUUUUUGCAUUUUUGUUUAAAGUAAUACUAUAGAUCGGUUUGAUGGGUCAUCUUUCCUAGUUUCGCAAAGCACUGAGGGCAGUAAGAGGGUCUAAACACACUUUAUUGCAGGGUUUAGUGUGUAAAGAUAAUGAAGAUGCAGUAUAUACAAGAAGGAAAUGUAAAAAAUGUAUUUAUAACAUGUAUAAAGAGAAAGAUAAGUUGUACAUAUAAAGUACAUAUAGAAAAAUAUAUGUUAUCAAAGUGUAGUUUUAAACAUCACUUGCACUUUAAGAAUUAGCCUUGUUUUAAACAUGGGUUUAUUUUAUUUCAAUAGUUUUUUUAUGUUGUUGAUGGCAAUAGCACAGGAUAGUCUCUAGGUCAAAAUAAGGGUCAAAUCUUUGUUACCGCGAUGCAUUAUGGUGCUGUUCAAAUUUGUGAUCACUCACUUGAUCAUGUUGACAUCCGAAUACACAAUCCUUUUGUAACUGCAUUGUACAGACCCUAAGCCAACAUAUGUAUUUGCAAUUUCUGUGUGGACAAAGGCUUUCUUGAUAAUGAAAUUGCCCUGUUGCUAUGCCAGACAUUUUUGAUUAGCAUGACGAUGAUGAGUGAUUGUUGAUGUGGUCAGAUGAUCACCCUGUAAAAUUCUAGAGCACAGAAUGUUCCAAAAGAAUUUAUAAAGUGCUUUUGUUUUUUAAAUGUCAAUAUGUAUUUAUAGUUUUAUGGGAGUAUUUAUUCAACAUUCUCUCAAGGAAAAAGCUCCUUAUGGACAUCUGAGCUAUUCAGUUUCUGCUUACGUUGUUUGGUUAAAGUUUUUGCUGGCUCUAGAUGUAUUUUUAUGUUGCAGCAUAACAGUAAAUGGAAAGGAUGUUAUUUUUU